AUGUCGACACUAUCUGUCACCGAUGCGCAAGAAGCGGAGGCAGGUUCCUUCGAACUUCCAGCAUCCUAUUCGACGCCUGAAGGCUCGGGCAUAAACGAGGAAUUUCUUCGCCACCUCGACGGCGGGAUCGGCAGCCCGCUCCCAGCAGCCAGGGAGGCCCCCUCGCCUCAUCCCCCCGCGAAAUCAGAGAUACCUCCCGACCGUGCAGAGGAGCCUCCCAGAGCACUCACUCGGCCUGCAUCAGGAGUAUGGGCCACCAAGAACGAAACCUACACUCCUUCAAAUGAAGCCUUUCGACAGCAACAGGUGCUACAGCAGCAGCUGAGAAGCCCCCAACAACGUCAUCAGGAGCUGGUGGCUGCUCGGCGAGAGCAGCAGCAGCAGGUGACAGAGGCACACAAUGAAUGGCGCUGGGCAGAGCGCAUGAAGCGGGUGGCGAUGCAUCAGCAGCAACGGCAUCUUGAGUCUGAUUGGAGGCAGACGCUGCAGAUGCACCCCAGCAGAGGCCUGCCCGCUUCCUUUCAGGGACAACAUCGGCAAAAAAUUGGACUUUCAUUUUGUCCCCACCGCCUAGCCAGCAUCUACAACCUGUCUAUACGGUACUGGGACGAAGGCUGCGCCUCGCUAGCUGUUCGGACACUGCAAGGUGCUCUGCAAAUGCUGCAACAAUACGAACUGGUGGGGGGCUGCGUUACUCACACUUGGGAGGCAAUGCAGCUGCUGCGAGGAUCGAAGCAGCAGCGUGCGUUGGGACCCACAGGAACUGCUGCACCCCCCACAGGCCUCAGCACAAGAAAGCUAGACAUUAAAGAAAGAUAUCUCAGGUCGAGAGUCUUCUUCUCCCGCCGAAUGUUCGUUGCCGCAGAAAAAGAACUCGAGGAAGUCAGGGGCCAUCUUGGGUCUCUCCUUUGCCGGGCUAGCCUGAGAGGAGGCGGCUUGGCAGUUGCAGGGAAUGCCGAUCGACGGUGUUCCCGCAUUAAGGAAGCUUUGGCUCGGGUGGAAGACGACUUGCUUCUACUGCAGGAGCUGCAGGCUCGAUACAGUAGUGCGCAGUCAUCUGAAUGGGGAGACGACUUGCAGCAGCGGCAGUUGCAGCGUCUGGUGCCACUCAACUUGAUGCCUUGCAUGAGUCAACGCAUCCACCUGCAGAACUUCAAGGGCCCCAGUGGGAAUACCCAAGAAGAGGAGGAAUGUGAACAGUGGGCGCGGACCCUGCACCAAGUGCUGCUCAGACAAAUUACCGCCAGAGGCAACCCUACCCAAGAUUAG